AGUCAGAGGGGGUCGCGGAAAACAUGCAUGUUAAAUUGGGGGUCGCGACUCAAAAAGGUUGAGAACUACUGCUCUAGAGUGGUGAAAACGAGAGAAAGUGCCUUAUUGGCUGCCCUUUACACAUGAAAAAACUUAUUGAUUGCCCUCUAGGGUGCCCCUUUAUACAAUAAAUGAUGAUGAUGUGCCCUCUAGAGAUUCUAUAAUACGGUAUCACCCAACUGUGAAUAAUGUUAUGUGAGAUGUUUGCUCUCAUUUAGCUCUCAAAGUGCACAAAAUAGAUGCAUUUUACUUUAAAAUGUACACAUUUUCUCCCAGGGGGGCAUGCCCCCGGACCCCCCUAGAUGGUUUGGUUUGAUACUUUUAAUUGUCAGUAUCAUAUCUUUAAUUACUUUGAUCUGGAUCUCCUUUUAACUUAAUGCUAAUAUUUCAUCAUACAUGAUGCAUCAUAGCUUUUUGCGUGCUGGUGGGGCCCAUGUUGUGCAGAAUGUGCCCUUUUUAUUUUUUCGCCCCUGCCCUUCAAACAGUCUGAGUCCGCCACUGAAUUGGAGUUACAGGAACAGAUGUAGAGAUGUAGGACUAAUAAGCCAUAAACCCAUGGGUCCCCCUGUUUAAUGCUCUGACCUUUAGGGUCUGUGUUCCACUGGAUCAUAUCUGUCACUAUUAACUGUGCUUGCAUGAUAAAUUUCCUGCUCAAAAGGGCAGGCUGCAAAGGUUAGGUUAAUUCAUUUCCUGAAUAAAGAGGAGAGAGACAGAGAGAUGGGGGGAGUGAGCAGGCACCAGGCGGCUGCAGGGAUAGAGUUUCUCCCGGUAACGGAUCUCUUUGACCGUCAUAGAUUCGGUUUCUCCUCCUCUGUAGCUCACACAUCACUACAUGCUGCAUUUUAUCGAGUUAAGUGACUAUUUAUUGGAUUAUGAUUCUUUUUUUUGUUUAUAAAACUUGCAGAAUAAACUCAUGGUGAUCGCCGGGUGCGCUCCGCGGUCGCUGCCCGGCGUCGUGUUACCUUCCUCGGGGCACCAUGGGCUCGUAAGAUGCCUUCGCUGUGGAAACGGAUAACCUUCUCGGUGGCCUCGGUGCUCUGUGUCGGCUCCGUGGCGCUGCUGGUCGUGGCACUGUCCACGGAGCGGUGGGUCACCGGGCGGAUCCUGUGCAAAACCGGGGCGGAGAUAGUGAACGCGUCCCACCCGGAGCUGGAGCAGUUCAUCGGGGACAUUUACUACGGCUUGUUCCAGGGAGGGAAGACCAAGAAGUGCGGGCUCGGCAACCGGCGCUCCAAGAUAUACAUUUUCCCAAAGCUUUUUCGGACGUUGAACGGCGGCCUUCACAUGAUGGUGAUCCUCUUCCUGCUGGUGGCGGUGGGCUUCGCGCUGGUCAGUCUGUCUUUUUGCAUUUACAACGCACGUAAAGUUCCCUACCAGAGCAUCAAAGGCCCCAAAGGACUCUACCUGUGGAACUUUAUUGCUGCUCUCUUCGGUGCCCUGGGCGUGCUGUGUUUCCUGGCAGCCGUGAGGCACCACGGUCUGACGGAGCGGGUGGCCAAUCACCGGGAGAACCUCUUCGUGCUGGUCGUCUUGGAUGACAGCCUGGACUGGUCCUUCUGGCUCGGCGUGGGCAGCAUCGCCACUCACUUUGCCGUCUGUGGAGUGGUCGCCAUGAGCCGGAUCAAACUGCCCAAACCGGAGAUCAAGAAACCGGAAGAACCCACCAUCUCUGCUCUGGACCUGCUGUACUGAAGGACAAGCAGAGGAUUAAUUACAUCACUGAAAGAGAUGCAGAGAGUCCUGCAUCACAAACUAGACUGUUACAUUCUCCACAUCCUAUGCUGGAUAUAUUCUGUCUAUAGCUGCAGUAUGUAAAUACAUUAUCAUUGUUUUCAUUAUAUGUGUAGAAUCUCUUUAACCCUUUAUCAGGCGAAGAACCGUAUUUGGUAACUUCAGCGGAUAU